AUGCUCAUUCAUCUGUUCCUUGUUGUGCCGAUCCUGGCUGCUCCCUUUGAUAGAAGGGCCAGUGCACCCACAGUUACCAUUUCCACGCCCGAAGCUACCAUCAUCGGAUCAACUUCAAGCAAUAUCGACACCUUCAAUGGAAUCCCAUUCAGUCUCGCACCCACUGGGGCCCGUCGACUCAAGCCUCCACAGGCAAUCGCAACGUCACUGGGAAAAGUUGAAGCAACAGGAACAGCCAUGGGCUGUCCGCAGUUCUACUUUACGACAAGUACCAGCGACUUCCCCGUCUCUAUUCUUGGUGACAUUGCCGAUAUUCCGUUGUUUCAAACAGUCACCAAUGCCGGUGAAGACUGUCUCAAUCUCAAUGUCCAGCGUCCCUCGGGGACCACAGCCGGCGCAGGUCUCCCGGUCUUGGUGUGGAUAUUUGGCGGUGGUUUUGAACUUGGGUCCACAUCAAUGUAUGAUGGAUCGUCUAUCGUCGCUUCCUCGGUGACACUAGAUAUGCCUGUUAUCUUCGUGGCAAUGAAUUAUCGCGUGGGUGGGUUUGGGUUCAUGCCCGGAUCGGAGAUUCUCAAGGAUGGUUCUGCGAAUCUGGGUCUUCUGGAUCAGCGUCUGGCUCUAGAGUGGGUGGCCGACAAUAUUGAAGUGUUUGGAGGCGACCCGUCAAAGGUGACGAUCUGGGGAGAAUCUGCUGGAGCAAUCUCCGUCUUUGAUCAGAUGGCUUUAUAUGACGGUGACAUCACUUAUAACGGAUCGCCGCUGUUCCGAGGCGCUAUCAUGGACUCUGGGAGUGUUGUGCCAGCGGACCCAGUGGACGGGGUGAAGGGGCAGGCGGUUUAUGACGCCGUUGUCAAAGAUGCAGGGUGCAGUGGAGCGACCGACACACUCGAGUGUCUCAGAGAUCUGGACUAUACGACAUUUCUCAAUGCUGUGAACUCCGUUCCGGGAAUCCUAUCAUACAACUCUAUCGCCCUUUCAUAUCUCCCACGACCUGACGGCACAGUCCUAACCGAAUCUCCAGAAAUUCUGGUGGAAAGUGGCAAAUAUGCCUCUGUGCCAUUUAUUAUUGGAGACCAAGAAGACGAGGGAACGAUAUUCGCCUUGUUCCAAUCCAACAUCACGACUGAGACGGAAAUCGUCGACUAUUUGCAGGACCUCUUCUUUGCCGACGCAUCACGCACUCAACUCGAGGAUCUAGUAGCCACUUAUCAAACCAUUACAACUGACGGUUCGCCAUUCCGCACCGGAGUUCUCAAUAAUUGGUACGGACAGUAUAAGCGCCUGGCAGCAAUUCUAGGAGAUCUCACAUUCACGCUAACCCGUCGGUUAUUCCUCACGGUUGCUAAUCAAGUGAAGCCCGAUGUACCUUCCUGGUCUUAUCUAUCUUCGUACGAUUACGGUACUCUGUUGCUCGGGACAUUCCAUGCUUCAGAUUUAUUGCAAGUGUUUUACGGGAUUUUGCCAAAUUAUGCAUCCAAGUCCACGCAUUCGUAUUAUCUUUCCUUUGUUUAUGAUCUGGAUCCCAAUUCCAAGGCUACGGGAUAUACUGAGUGGCCGCAGUGGAGCGCUAGUCAAACUUUGAUGAACAUCUUUAGUGACUAUGGAGCUAUACUCGCUGAUGACUUUAGAAGUGACAGCUUUGACUUUAUUCAGGCAAAUGUCGGUUCGUUUCAUAUAUAG